AUGUGGGAUCUUAACGACUCGUCGGCCGCCGAGGCCACUCCGCCGUCCCCGUUCGCCGACGACUCCAGCGCGUCCUCCUCGUCCGCGGCCGCGCACGUCGACCCGACGACUCCGACGACGAAUCGGCCGCGGACGCCGUGGUCACACGCUGGUUCUUCCCGGCCCCGGCCCUGGCGGCGGCCGCCGGCCCGCGCGGGGGCUGGCUACGCCUGUCCACCGCGGCCCCGCCGCCUGCCGCGGCUGCCAACGGCGCGACGCCCGCCGGCCCCGCGGGCGCCUCGGCGGCGUCCAGGAAGAGCCGGCGCGGGCCGCGGUCGCGCAGCUCGCAGUACCGCGGCGUCACGUUCUACCGCCGAACGGGGCGCCGGCUCGCGCGCUCCCUCCGCCGCUGCUGGUCGCUCGAGCCCCACCUCCGCCGCACCCUGCCUCCACCGCCACCGACCGCCUCGGCCGCGUGCUACCUCCGCCGCCGCCGGCCUCCUCGAGCGCACACUCCCUCCACCGUCGCUGUCCGCUCGGGCCUCGCCUCCGCCGCCGCCGUUCUCCACCCCGACGGCCGCCUCAGCCGCGUGCUUCCUUCACCGCCGUCGGCCGCUCAUGCCCCGCCUCGAGCGCGCGCUCCCUCCACCGGCGCUGGCCGCUCGGGCCUCGCCUCCGCACUCGCUCCCUCUGCAGGGGCAUUCUAGGACGGAGGGGGGCGGAGCCGCUUGGAGCCACAUUUUGGUGGCUCCGCCUCCCAUAUGGAAGCCGCAACUGGCUCUAAAUAUGAAUUCUGGUCUGGAGCCACAGCAAAAGGGGCGUUUGGCAGGGCUCCGGUCGGAGCCACUGGAGCCCUGCCAAACAGGCGUGGCUCGGCAUUCUGCAGAUGACCAAGCUGGCGCAGAGCCACCACGGUUCACAGUGGUGCCGGGCGACACUGCCAUAGAUGGUCCGGGCACAGGUGCGGGCGUGGGCGUGUCAGAGGCUUCUGAGAGGGUUUGCCGUGUCAUGUCAAUGCAGCCAGAACUGAGGAUUGCGUCAGCCCUUGAUGCGCUCAGGUGA